AUGGAAAUAAACAAGGACAAUCCUCCUCAACUGAAUAAAGCUGAUGAAACGCAUCAUAAUAUUACAACAAUACAGAAUGUUGCACAGAAAGGAACUCGAAGAACAGGAGACAAAAUGUGUAAAAGGAGGUUGAAAAGAGACAAACGCCCUACGGAUCGCUCGAGGAUUCACAGUGAGGAGAAGCCCACGUGUCAUCAUUGUGGGAAGAGUUUCAGCAGCAAAUCAUACCUCGCAAUGCACAUAAAAAUCCACACUGGAGAGAAACCAUUUGCUUGCAAUCUGUGUGAAAAAACUUUCCUAACUACAAGUGAACUUAAGAUACACACGAGAACUCACACUGGCGAGAAACCAUACACUUGUCACGAGUGUGGAAAAGGUUUUACUCAAAUAUCAAACUUAAAGAGACAUAGGAAAAUCCACACUGGAGAGAAACCAUACACUUGUCACGAGUGUGGGAAAAGUUUUACCCAAACAUCAUACUUAAAAUAUCAUAUGAAAAUCCACACUGGAGAGAAACCAUUCACGUGUGAUCUGUGUGGAAGGAGUUUUACCGUUAAAGGCGCUCUUAAGAGACACAAGAGAAUUCACACCGGAGAGAAACCUUUUACAUGCAGUCAAUGUGAAAAAAGUUUUAGAAGUAAAACCGAACUUACAGCACACAUGAAAAUUCACAGUAAAGAAAAACCUUUCGUGUGUCAUCUGUGUGGAUGGAGCUUUAAAAUAACACGCGCUCUUCAGAUACACAUGAGAAUUCACACUGGAGAGAGACCAUUCACGUGUGAUCUGUGUGAAAAAAGUUUUACAAGUAAAGACGCUCUUCAGAUUCACAUCAAAAUUCACACUGGAGUAAAACCAUUCACGUGUGAUCUGUGUGAAAAAAGUUUUACAAGAAAAGACGCUCUUCAGAUACACAUCAAAAUUCACACUGGAGUAAAACCAUUUGUGUGUGAUCUGUGUGGAAAGAGUUUUUCAUAUCUAUCUAGCCUUAAGAUGCAUGCAGAAGCUCACAUCGAAGAGAAACCGUUUACAUGCACUCAGUGUAACAAGUGUUUCAGUAGUAAACCCAACCUUAAAGUACACAUGAAAAUUCACACUGAACAGAAACUUUUCACUUGUUUUCAGUGUGAAAAGUGUUUCAGAGUUGAAAGUCACCUUAAGAGACACAUGACCAUUCACACUGAAGAGAAACCAUUCAAAUGCUGUCAGUGUGAAAAGUGUUUCAGAGAUAAAAGUCAACUUAAGAGACACAUGACAGUUCACAUGGAGAGAAACCGUUCAGAUGCUGUCAGUGUAAAAAGUGUUUCAAAAGAAAAUCUCACCUUAACACACACAUGA